CAAGCAUAUAAAUGUAUGAUAGUCUAGUACGCAUUUCAUUUUCGCAUAGCACGCUGAUCGAACGUUUAUACUUUGGUAGCAUUUCACAUGGUAUAAGCAGGAUACUGGUUCAAGAUGAAGGCAUUACUUCUGCUGCUUCUCUUCGUUUUGGUAGCGAAAGCUAAAGUAAGCGCCGAGAAUGAAGUUGCUCUCGAAACAGCCGCAGACGAUUUAGACAAAGAAAUGAGCAGCAAUGACUUUCCUAAUGAAGAAGAUGAUGAAGCAACGGAAACUGAAGAGGAUGCAAAUGAACUAGAAGAUCCGGGUUUGGAGGCAGAUCCAGACGAAAUCGAAGAGCUAGAGGAAUCUACUCAGCCCUCGAGUGACGUAUUAGCGCCAAUUGCUUAUUACUGCAAAUUCUGCAAAGUAUGCAGAAAUUGCAAGAGAUACGGCAGGUGUCGCAGAGGCUUCCUUUCCAAAGCAUGCAAGCAUUGCAAGUAUUGCAAUCCAAGAUAUUACUGGAAACUACUGAGAAAAAUCCGGAUCCGGAUCAGACUUAGACGCCUGAGACGUGUCCGAUUGCCUAGGUUGAGAAGACUUCGGAGAGUUCGUGUCAGAGUCGGGCGUUGGGGUCGUCGUAGACGCAGAUGGGGCUAAGUGAUGACGUGAGCUUCUCUCUCAAGAUGGAAAAAUUGGACUCAUCCUUAUAUAAUUCAAAUAUUCAUGUAACAAUUUGCUAAAUAAUUGAACUUGCAUUAUCUUC